AUGGUUCUUUUCCCUUUUUUCCCUUCGCAGUUAUUUCUAAUCUUUUUCUGUUUUGCUUCCUUCACAUCUUCCUCUCACCAAUCCCAGGUGCUGCUGCCGCUUUCCUACGCAGGUAGGCUGCAAAGGGCUCAGCAGCAGCAGCAGCAGCAGCAGCAGCAGCAGCAGCAGCGGCGGGAGCAGGAGGAGGAGCACUCGCACCUGCUGCUGCAGCCUGCAGAUUCUGCUGCCUUUUCUGUUCCUCCCCAAGACUCCGGCUUUGUGCGCCUGGCCCGACUCCUCCAAGAGGAGAGUCUGGCAGCAUCAGCUGCUGCAGCAGCAGCAGGAGCAGCAGCUGCAGCAGCCCGCGCGGGCCCAGCCGCCGCCGCCGCCGCAGCAGCAGCAGCAGCAGCAAGGGCCGAGGCGCAGCAGCAGAAGCAGGCGAAGUGGCUCUCCGAACGCCUGGAAGAGUCCGUAAACUGGAGCCGCCUCUCCGUGGAUUCUGCUGCUCUGUCUUCAGUGCUGUCUGCAGCAAAGGAGCUGAGCGAGCGCCGCAGCAGCAGCGCGCGGCGCGGCGCCGCCGCCGCUGCUGCUGCUGCAGCGCAGCAGCAGCAGCAAGAAGCCCUGCUGCUGGAGCUGCUGCGGCACAGCGAAAUGCUCGCAGAUAACCUCGACCAGCUCCUCGGAAUGCUCCACAGAAUCCAACGAGAAGCAGAAAAAGAAGGAGUUGGAUUUAACGCGGAGGCGUGGCGGCUGCUGGCGAGCACGGAGGACGCGCUGAGCGCCGCGGGGGCUUUCGCCGAAACGCUCGACGAAGUUGCCAGCAGCGACGGCUCGAUUGCAAGUCGCGCGACGGAAGUGUUUCCGGAAACGGCGGUGCGGCUUUCGCUCGCUUUGAACAGCUUCGGCGCAGACAAAACUGCAAAACAACUCAGCGAAGCAAUUGGAACGAAAGAACUGGCGCCUCUUUUGAAAGAUUCCUCUUUGCACCACUUCGCUUCCCCGCAGGGAGCGCGGCGCGCGGCGCGAAGCCGCGGGAACGAAAGCUGA